AUGACCACCUUGCGCAUGCUGCUAGCUGUUGCGACUAAUAGGAAUUGGUUUCUGCAUCAACUCGACUUCAACACAACAUUUUUACAUGGGGACUUGCCUGAAGAAGUCUACAUGCGGGCACCUCUAGGUCUCAAUGCUCCAGAGGGAAAGGUGGAACACAAAACACCUUUUACUCUCUUCUAUGAUAACCAGUCCGCUUUACACAUAGCCGCAAAUCCUGUUUUUUAUGAGAGAACAAAAUAUUUGGAGGUGGACUACCAUUUGGUUAGGGACAGAUCCCAAGAAGGGAUGGUGAAGUUACUGCCAAUUAAGACUACCCAGAAAAUUGUAGACAUUCUUAUGAAAGCCUUGUCUCCAGCGCCCUUCGCUGCAUGUCGUAGCAAGCUGAGACUUUUGAAUCUCUACCCUCGCAGCUUGAGGGAGGGUAUCACUUGA